AUGGCCAGCCACGGAGUAGCCACUCUCCUGAUCGCGUCCCUUCUCGUGGUGGCGGUCACCCUCGCCGACGCCAGGGUCGCCGUGCAGGUGCGCCGCGACCUGAACGAAGGUCACGUGGUGCCGGCGAGCGACGCGAAGGCGGUGGCGGCGCUGACGUGCAGCAAGGUGCAGGGGCUGAAGGCGGGCGAGACGUGCUUCUCCGUCGCGCUGCUCGGAGGCCUGACCCUGGAGUCGUUCCUCGUCUUCAACCCCAACAUCGACUGCGGCAAGACCUUCGUCGGCCAGUGGGUCUGCCUCCGCGCCACCACUGCUUGA